CAGGUGCUGGAGACGAGGAUCAGCUGGGAGGGUGACCUGGUGAGAGAUUUUCCAGCUGGCACAAAUGUCCUCUACCUUGAGGGAGGCAUGUGACAUGGGAGUGAUCUGGCAGAGUGCUUCCCCGGGGGUCACUGGGGGUCAGAGUGUGAGGCUUUCCACUUGGAAGGUUCUGUUUAAAGAGGAGAAUGGAUGGUUACACAUCCUGCUUGGGAGCCAAUCACUGAACCAGAGGGGAACACAGUGCAUGAUGGGCUGCCCUACCCACUCUACAGAUGAGGAAACCGAGGCUCGGGAAAUCAAGCUGGCAGACUUCCUCUGGAACUUCCUCUGGACAUCUGGAGGGACGUCUUGUCAGCAGAGCAGGCUGGACUGCUUCACAAAGAGGAUGCAGCCCCGCCUCCCAGCGGGAGUCAGUUCUGCUCUGAGACGUGAGGCUCACAAUCAAAUGAAGACUCCUGCUGCUGCAUCUUGAAGAUAAUGAUGCUGUUGCUCCCAGCCGGAACCACAGCAGUGGUGAUGAGUGAACAGCCGGCAGAGUGGAGCGGCCACACUGAUACAGGUGAGGCUCCAGCACUGCCGCAGCCCAGGACCAGGCAAAACCGCCUUCCUAUCCCCCGGGAGCCAAGGCCUCUGAGAUCGGCGCUGGGAGGUCGCACAGUGCAGGCAAAUCACACGGACCUCAGAGCAGGGUCCCUGGCUGUGAGAACUCAAAAGACACAGUCUUUAAAGUGAGGACAGAAAACUGUAUUUAGCGCCACAAUAAAGCUGCAUAACAAACUACCC